AUGCUGGCUCUCGAUCGUGACCUGGACGCCAUGUGGCAGGAGCUCUAUGAGGUGGACAACUGCCACGUGGAGGCUGACAGCUCAGCAGGGAAGCUGGCUGCGCAGGCAUUGGCUGCUGCUGCUGUUGCUCGCGCGUCGGCUGCCGCUGCCAAGUCAGCGUGGGACUUAGUUAAGUAUUAUAGGAGUAAGGUGGGGUUGAUAAUGAUGGAGGAGGAGGGGAGGGAGUGGAGGGAGGGGGGCGGGGGAGGAAGGGGGAGAGGAGGGAGGAAGGGGGAGAAAGGAGGGGUGAAGUAUGUACUUGCGCUGCAGGUUAAGCCGAGGAGGGUUAGGAGGACGGCUAGGGAGCUUGGGAAGAUGGGAGAUGGGGUGUGGGAGGAGGAGGAGGAUGAGGAGGAAGUAGAGGGGUUGGAGGGGGUGCAGGGGGCUUCUCCUAUGGACGAAUCAGGAGCUGCCACGUGGACGGAGGAGGAAGGGUUUGGGGGAGGGGGAGGAGGUUCGGGGGGGAGGGGAGGAAUAGGGGGAGGGAUAGGGGGAGGAGUAGGGGGAGGGAUGGGGGGAGUGGGGAAGCGGAAGGGGGAGGGGGAGGGGGAGGGGGGAGAGGCAGGGGGAGGGGCAGGGGCAGGGGGGAGGGGGAGGGGGCGUGGGCGCAAGUCAGUCUGGGACGAAGGGGAGGAUGAGGGGGAGGAAGGGGGGGAGUGGCGGGUGGGGAAGAGGUCGCGGGGGGAGAUGGAGGGCGGGGGGGAGUAUGGGGAAGAGGAAGGGGAGGAGGAGGCGGAGGAGGAGGAGGGGGGACAGACUCUGCGACACAAGUUCACUGUGGGGUCCUUUGUAGAGGUAUGUACGGGGCAUGGCAUGGCACAUAUGGUAUGGCAUGUAUGGGGCAUGGCACGAAUGGUAUGGCAUGUAUGGGGCAUGGCACGUGUGGUAUGGCAUGUAUGGGGCAUGGCCACGUAUGGUAUGGCAUGUAUGGGGCAUGGCACGUAUGGUAUGGCAUGUAUGGGGCAUGGCACGUAUGGUAUGGCAUGUAUGGGGCAUGGCACGUAUGGUGGCAUCCAACGAGGAGGGCGUGAGGGGCAGCUGGUUCACCACGGGCACGGUGCUGCAGAUUGUGGGCAACUCACCGUGGCGUCCAACGAGGAGGGGCUGAGGGGAAGCUGGUUCACAGGCACGGUGCUGCAGAUUGUGGGGAACCGGGCGUUGGUGCGAUACGACGAGCUGCUGGAUGACGAUGCUUGGUUCACGGGCACGGUGCUGCAGAUUGUGGGCAGCCGGGCGUUGGUGCGAUACGGCGAGCUGCUGGACGAUGAUGGUGAGUGCGUGACACAUGACGUGCUGAUCACGCUCUUGCACUUCCCCCCAGAGGGGAAGGGCCAGCAGCCUGAGAGGCGGCAGAAUCCCGUUUCUUCCUCUUCUCCCACCCACCCUCCCCACCUCUCUCCAUGCACGCACCAACUAGAGGAGUGGGUGGGGCUCGUCCCGCCCUCCCCUUCUGCAAGCAACGCCUCUCGCUUCGUCUCGUGCGUACCUUCAGCCCAACAGGGGAAGGGCCAGCAGCCUGAGAGGCGGCUGAAUCCCGUUUCUUCCUCUUCUCCCACCCACCCUCCCCACCUCUCUCCAGGCACGCAUCAGCUAGCUGGAGGAGUGGGUGGGGCUCGUCCCGCCCUCCUCUGCAGGCGACGCAGAGGAAGGGCGCGCAGCCUGAGAGGCGGCUGCACCCACCAGUUGGAGGAGUGGGUGGGGCUGGUCCUGCCCUCGCCUGCUGCAAGUGACGCUUCCCGCUUCGUCUCUGCGUACCUUCGGCCCCCCAGAGGAAGGGCGCGCAGCCGGAGAGGCACCCACCAGUUGGAGGAGUGGGUGGGGCUGGUCCCGCCCUCCCCCUCUGCAAGCGACUCCUCUCGCUUCGUCUCUGGCGUGCCGACAGCUCCCCAGAGGAAGGGCGCGCAGCCGGAGAGGCGGCUGAGGCCCGGGAGGGAGAGGGGGAGGCGGCGGAGGGUGGCGAUGGGGCGCGUGUGGGCCGUGGGGGACAGAGUCGACGCAUGGGUGGACGACGGGUGGUGGGAGGGGGUCGUCACGGCAGUGGACGCACAGGGACCCAAAAUCACAGGCUUCACUGUGGAGUUUCCAGGGUACGGGGAGAUGGGGCAGAAGCAGGUGCGGCCGUGGGGGUUACGCCCGUCAAUGGUGUAUGACACACAGGGCCACCUCUGGCACCUCGUCAAGAUCAGGGGCGCGUCGCUUGCUGCUUACUGCCACUCCUCUCUUCCCUCUCUCCCCUUCCUGCUCCCAACCCUUCCCGUUGCCGCUGCUUCUCCCCCUGCUCUCCCCCUGCUCCUCCCCCUGCUCCUCUUCCCCGCCCCCCCCUUCUCCCCUUGGCUAGGGUACAGGGAGAUGGGGCAGAAGCAGGUGCGGCCGUGGGAAUUACGCCCGUCAAUGGUGUAUGACACACAGGGCCACCUCUGGCACCACGUCAAGAUCAGGGGCGCGUCGCUUGCUGCUUACUGCCACUCCUCUCUUCCCUCUCUCCCCUUCCUGCUCCCAACCCUUCCCCUUGCCGCUGCUUCUCCCCCUGCUCUCCCCCUGCUCCUCUUCCCCGCCCCCCCUUCUCCCCUUGGCUAG